UACUGGUCGUCACCGGUCCCCGUCACAUCUGUUUUUGACAUGUUUAGCGUGAUAUUUAGAACUGUAUCUUUUCGUGAAUAUAUUUCUUCGAAUUCAAGAGAAAGAUUAAGAUGUCAAAAAUGAAUUCGAAAGACAAGGAUAAUAAGACAUUGCACGAUAAACUGAAGCAGUUCUUUCGUAUAAAUAAAGGAAGUUACAAGAGUCGCGAAGAUUUCACUUUGACUCAUGAUAUCGAGAAAGAAAUUAGUCCCGAUAGUCCAGUGCAUCACCGUACCAAGGCGAUCAAGGAACUUUCCGAUGCAGUACUCAAUCAACAAUGGGAAGAUAGAGCGGCAGAACGUCUGUGGAGCCUAGUCCAAGAUUUACUCGCAAAGGAUGUUCCUCGUGAAUAUAGGCAUUUAACAUUAAAUUUCCUAAAAUGUCUUGUACAAGGACAAUAUUCGAAACUUUCAUCAUUGAUGCGUGUAAAAUUUUUCAUGGUUGUAAAGGAGUACGAUAUACCCGAGGAUAUUGGUCCUAGAUUGGAGUUGUUACAAACAUUGACAGAACAUGGGAAAGAUAUUUUGCAUUUGGAAGAAAGAAUGGGACCUUUCUUGUUAGAAUGGAUGCCUACGGUAACAGCUGGUGAUGGAAAAAGAGGAGCCGAGUUCUUAUCUCUUCUUGUAAAUGUUAUCAAAUUUAACUCGGCUUACAUCGACGAGGAUAUUGUAUCUGGUCUUGUUCAGUAUAUCUCCCAUUUGUGUUAUUAUAGUAAUAAUACCGAAGUUGUUUCCGGAUGCUUGGAAGCCCUUGAUGCAAUUAUGUGUUAUAGUAAUUUGCAAUCAGACUCAUUACAAACGUUUAUUAUAGCCUUAUGCAGAAGCGUAAAUGUUGAGACUUAUUGCCAAACAAGCUGGAAGAUUAUGCGGAAUUUAUUAGGGACACAUAUGGGUCAUUGCGCUUUAUAUACUAUGUGUCGGUUGCUACAAGAUGUAAAUUUUCAACGUGACGUUCGUUUACUUCGAGGAGCGGUGUUUUAUGUAAAUAUGGGUUUGUGGGGUGCACAUAGAAUACCAAAAUUAGAAUGUACACCAGCAUCUGUUUUGCCCUCAUUUUAUCAGGCUCUACAAUGCAAUCAUCCAAUUGUUAUGUAUGAAGUUACCCUAUCGAUACAAAGAUUGGUAAACAAAUAUGGUAAUGAAUUAUGGGAUCCUACAUGGAGUAUUAUUCUUGAUAUCAUAGAACAAAUUAUUACUCACACUGAAACUAGUAAUCAGCCGGCAACCAGACAGGUUUCUAUAAGUUUACAUGAAACAAUUACCAAUAUUGAAAGUUUACUUGAUGCAAAUAAUUAUAAUGGUUGCAUUCAACGCUUUUAUGAUCUUGUUGAACGUUGCAGCGAUUCUCGACCUGAAGGAUCUGUAUUAAAGUUAAUUGAAUACAGAGCAUCUACAAUAGGUCCUACAUAUUACCAAUGGCAGGCCAAAUUAGGAUCCCUGAUGGAACGUUACUAUAAAAACGAAACACGUACAACAAUUAGGAUGAAAGUUCUUGAUGUUCUGACCAAUGUUAUUCGCGUUAAUAGAUCUAGAUACGAAGAUGAACUUAUCGAACGAAUUGUUGUACCACAUACGCAACAUGUGGAUAUAGAUCCAGAUAUUACGAUACGUACCGUUACAGCAAAUUUAUUAAUAGACCUAUGUUUGGAAUGUGAUACCAAGCGAUGUAUAGAACUUUUGGACAUAUUGGAAAAGAUAAUCAACAAGCCUUUUACAUCGGACAUUCCAAUUUCUAUGGAUGCAGACAUCAAAGAUGUAAAAACUGCUGUUGUUGGAAUAAUAAAGAUAUUCACUUCCAAAAUCUAUCGCUUGCCGUCGAGUCAUGCGAUUUAUGCUUAUAAGGUUUUGGUGAAUCAUCUUGAACAACAUUACAAAGAACCGUCCGUCUUUCAUGACGUAUCAACAACACGUUAUUUGAUUUUUGAGUGUUUUUUAAAAAUCAGAGCAAAUUCUUUGUGUCAUCUCGGUAUGCUAGAAGCACCAAAUGCAACUCGAUUUAGCCCCUAUCUUGUUUUGGAACAUGGUGCAACUGAGCGUAUGAACAGUGCAGGUGGAGGUAAUAGUCCUCCACCAGCUAGUCCUGUGCCAUUGCAGCAUUUAUCUUGUCAUAUUACACCAAUGUCUUUAACUCAUGGAUGUAAAACUAUUAUUUCAUGCAUCAAACAAGAAAAAGAUUGGAAAGUUUUAUAUUUAAUAUUAAAGGAAUUACCACAAGUGAUGCAGAAUAGGGCACUGGUAUUAUCUCGUCAUAAUGAUAUCGAUUUCUUUGCGGCAGCCUUAUGUUCAAUGGUGAGUGACAAGAGUCUGCGUCUCCCCGAAUCACUUUAUAAUGUUCCACCAAAGUUUACUCUUUCCGAAUUUCGGGUCUACGUUUUCCCAGUGCUAGCAUCUCUAGCAUCAUAUCACGCGCAUUUGGAACCCAAUCUACAACAACGUUUAAUAAAAUGUCUAGAGGUUGGCCUUACAGCAAAAUGUGCGAGCCAAUGCGUAACCAGUCUCACAAUCUGCACACUAGAAAUGCGCGAUGCAAUGAAUAAACUUUUAACAGAAGUGUUAUUAAAUUUAUCAAAGAUCUCCGCAACAGUCUAUAUUGCUAUACCUAUUUUAGAAUUUUUAUCAACUCUAACUAGAUUACCAAAAGUUUUUGCCAGUUUCAUUGGGGAUCAGUAUAUGUCUGUAUUUGCAAUACUACUGCCAUACACUAAUCCUUUUAAAUACAAUCAUUAUACAGUAUCUUUGGCUCAUCAUGUAAUUGCAGUCUGGUUUUUGAAGUGUAGACUUCCCUUUCGGAGAGAUUUUGUUAAAUUUAUUAUUACAGGAUUGAAAGCAAAUGUGAUAGUUCCUUUUGAGGAAGGGCAUUUGAUGAAAUCUGAUUUUAGUAUCAUCAAUGAAGAUUCUUCAAAUAGAAAACGUAGUUCCAGUUUAACUGAACAAGGUAGUAGAGGUCGAAGAGAAAGACCGAUAAUGGCGAAUCGAAUGAUAGGAGAAAGUAGAGCUUUAGAUUUAAAACCUCCAAUUGAUGAAGCUUUAAUGAACUUUCAUAUUGAACUUACUGAAACUUGUAUUGAUUUAAUGGCUCGUUAUACAUUUUCGAAUUAUUCGGCGCGGCCUAAAAGAUUACCAGCUGCUGAUUUCCUCCUUAAAGAAGGUCAGUCAAUGACUUGGAUUCUUGGCAAUAAACUUAUCACGGUAACGACAAGUGGUUGCAGUAAUAAAGCUAUGCGCGGUGGACUUUGCGAUAAUUGUUGGGCGGCAUGUAAACCUGGCCUUCUAUUACUGGAUCAUACAAGAACAUCUCAGUCAAACUUGCAACGUACUUCAAGUGUUGAGACAUCGAAGGAAGACAAGUUAUCCAGACAAUCCUCCGGUGGCCAUGGAAGUUCAACCGCGAAUACUGCUACGAAUUCUCCCACAGAGGAAUCUAAAAAAUCUACAGAAGACUCUGAUAGUGCGAAAAAGGAAUUUCUUAUAGAGAAGACUGACAAGGAUCAGAUUGAAUUGUCAAAGCUAGGACAGAUAUUGAAUAGCGACAAACAAGAUGGGCAUAUACUUUGCGCUUGUUGGUGUCAAGGAUGGGCUGAAAUAUACGUGCGUAGACCCACGGGCGAUAUGUCAUGGAUUACGAGAAUACAAAAUUCUACACAAUUUGAAACUCCUAUGGAUUUUCCUGCACAUGACAUUAUGGCUCUAUAUAUGCCGAAUCAAGAUAUAAUACCGAAUAAGCAACAAGAGGCUGCAUCAGAAUAUUCUGAUGACGAAGCAGAGGAUAUACCAAACAAAAAUAUUAAUCAGUCACAGAGCGAAUCCAGCGUCAAAUCCGUAUUAUCUUCUGUAUCGUCAGGUCCCAUUGCAAUACCAGGUUCACCAGCUCGACCUAGCCCAUCUCGACAAAGCUCAAGAGAUAGUUUAGAAAGCUUAGAGGAAGGUGAAGAAGAUAUGCGGCGUUCCAGAAAUCCAGUGCGCCGAUCGAAUUCCAGUCCAGAAAUGAGCGCUAAUUGGAAAAAUCCAUUCUUAAAUAAAGAGAAACUAAAUGUGCAGCAGCAACUUGAUAAAGAUUUUACUUGCUCAGAUUUAGAAAUUAAAUUGGAUGCAGAAUUGAAGAAACAUUCAAAAAAUAUUUACACAAAAGACAUGAGAGUUAGUUGUGAAGCUAUACCGGAAGAAAUAUUUGGUAUGGGAACAACUCCACCUUCCUCGGAAAAUAUUGGAGAUCAUCCAAGCGCAUUACGUUCGCAACGUUCCUAUCCAGGAGCGACGCAAGUUACUCAAACUAUUUCAGUAACCGUUAGCAAUACUGUACCGCCAUCACCGACAACUAUACAGGCACCAGGAAAUUAUUUAGGAAUACAAAUACGCCCGACACAAAUACAAUCAUCUACUUCAAAAGCGCCACAAUCACCCACUCAAAUUUAUUCUCGAUUAUCUAGUCUUGAUUAUAGUCAAAAACAAAUGUCUGUUGAAAAUAAACCACCUGUUGGACGAAACUUUGGAGAUAAACAAAAGGAUGAGAGGCCGGAUCCAUCUAUGUUGCCUCCUUUACCUAUAACUAUACCUUUCCGCGACAGAGGCCACACGAUCUCUGUUAUGAGUCCAGUAAAAAAAUCACGAGGGGAGUGGGAUAACAUGCGACGAGGCAAUUCACCUCGCGUAAAGGAUCCGCCACGAACAGGCAUUAAUCCAAGUUUCGUAUUCCUUCAACUUUACCAUGCAGCGCACUUUGGCACUACCACAGAAAAGCCUUUGUUAGUUCCACAAACAACAGCUAUACAACGCGCGGUGACAAAUUUAGAUAGAAUACAACCAUACGAGACUCAUAAAAUUGGAGUGCUUUAUGUUGGUCCGGGACAAGCUUCGAAUGAAACUGAGAUUUUGGCAAAUCAGCACGGUCCCCUUCGUUACACCGAAUUUUUGAAACGUUUGGGUACGUUAAUUCGACUAAAAGAUGUCGAUGAGAAUGUAUUCCUAGGUGGAUUAGAUCGUAACGGUGAAAAUGGAGAUUUUGCUUAUAUUUGGCAAGAUGAUGUUACGCAGGUAGCUUUUCAUGUUGCGACACUAAUGCCCACAAAAGCAAGCGAUCCAAAAUGUACAUCUAAAAAAACUCACAUUGGGAAUAAUUAUGUAACACUUGUUUACAAUGAAUCUGACGAACCAUAUAAUAUACAGACAGUUAAGGGUCAAUUUAAUUAUGCCUGCGUUGUGAUACAACCUUUAGAUCAUGGUACUAAUCAAGUCACGGUACAAGCGCGAGAAGAAUUGGCCGAGCAUAUCGGUCACAGCGAGCCUAAAAUAAUUUCUGACCAGAAUCUGGCGAUUCUUUCACGACAACUUGCUUUGCACGCUAAUCUCGCCUCAAUGGUUUGUUCGUCUUUGAAGCAAAAUAGUCACAAUCCAUACGCCUCUAAUUGGUUGGAGCGAUUACGCCAUAUUAAGCGGCUAAGAAAUAGAGUAUUGCAAGAAUCCGUUAACAACAAUCCGGAUACCGCUGCGGACGAAUUAUCGCCGAGAACUAACAAACGUGUUUAUAUGGACGACUUUACGGAAUAUACAACAUAGUUUUAUUGUAUAACAUGAUAACUGUACAUUGAAAAUGAGAAUGAUGAGACUAAAUCCGAUUAUGCAUUGAAAGUUAACAUAUUAAAUGCAUUAAUUAUCGAACUGUUUAGAAAUUGGAAAAUAUUUUCAAUUUGCGAAUUGAAAAUAUGAAUUUUAUUAUAAUAUAUUAUCAGAUCUUAUAUUAAUUGUAUAAUCAAUGUUCUUUUUUUGCUUGCAACAUAAAAAAAACUAAGUAUAUCAUCUUUUACAUUAAUAUAUAUAGACAGUCUAUGGGAGCAAUUAUCUCUUUGUACCAAGUAUCUAUAAAAGCGGAUGCAAGAAACA